UCCUUUGACACGGUUAACCGAUACGAGACGGUUUUUAGCCCAUCUUUCUCGCGGUUUUGACUAUUUUAACAUGUUUAGCUGUCGCCGUGAAUCCGGAGUUGUGCGAACCAGUCGCACUCGUUUUUAAUAGUGAAAAUCUCCUGUGGUGAAAAACUAGGUUGAAAAUCCUGUGCCGAGCGCCCCGUCAGUAAUAUUUGCUUUAUUGAUAUUUUGAGUGCCACGGGCCUGGCGGUGUCUAUGCAUAUCUUGAGAAUUUGGACGGUAUUCUAGACCACCUCGGAGAUAGACAACUCUUCAAAUCUGAUUCGAUCGCCCAUUUGACACCAUGGCAGAAAUAGUUUACCCUCAAGGGUGUCGAUCCGUCAGCGAAGAUUUGGGGCCCGAUGAAUUAAUCAGGCGACUGAAGACUUUGGCCCACACGCUACAGGCGAUGGGUCAGGAUGAGGGAAUGUAUCAGCAAUAUAUUCCUCUGGCCCUUCAUUUGGCGGAGGAUCAUUUUCUAUUGCACCAGAGCAAAGAUGUUCAACUUCUAAUCGCGUGCUGCAUUGCUGAUGUUUUGAGAGUCUAUGCGCCCGAGGCUCCGUAUAAAGAUGCUGAUCAGGUUAAAACGAUAUUCCUCUUCCUGAUCAAGCAACUGGCAGGCUUGAAAGAUCCCAAAGAUCCGGCCUUCAAACGGUAUUUUUACCUCCUCGAAAAUUUGGCCUACGUAAAAUCCUUCAACAUGUGCUUCGAACUUGAAGACUGCCAGGAAAUUUUCUGCGCCUUAUUUUCACUCAUGUUCAAAAUAGUCAAUGACGAACAUUCUGGCAAAGUCAAGAGUUUUAUGCUCGACGUAUUGUGUCCACUGAUCACUGAAUCAGAUAUCGUGAGCAAUGAAUUGCUCGACAUUAUUUUACUAAAUAUCGUGGAACCGAACAAAACUCAGAAGAAAAAUGCAUAUCUUCUGGCGAAGGAACUUGUGGUCAAGUGCAGCGAUACUUUGGAACCUUAUAUUCAAGCUUUUUUCAACCACGUUCUCAUACUCGGCAAAGAAGAAAAGAAUCUCCAGAUCGCGAAAAAAGUCUACGACCUAAUUUAUGAACUGAAUCACAUCUGCCCGAGUGUGCUGCUUUCAGUUCUGCCUCAGCUCGAAUGUAAACUAAAAUCCGCCUCCGAGCAGGAACGAUUGGGCGCCGUGGCCCUUCUGGCGAGGAUGUUUUCCGAGAAGGGCUCCCAGCUCGCCAUGCAGCAUGUACAAUUGUGGCGGGCCUUUUUGGGAAGAUUCAAUGACAUCACGGUCUCAAUACGCAUCAAGUGUGUCCAAUACUCGAUGCACUUUCUUCUAAAUCAUCCGGAACUGCGAAAAGAUAUAACGAAUACGCUGAAAUUGCGACAGCACGACGCGGAUGAAAAUGUUCGGUAUGAAGUUGUCAUGGCGAUUGUUACCACUGCCAAGCGGGACUUUGAGGUGGUUUCGGACAGCGAGGAUCUGUUGGAGUUUGUCAAGGAAAGGACUCUCGACAAAAAGUUCAAAAUAAGAAAAGAAGCGAUGUCAGGCCUCGCGAAUAUUUACAAAAAGCACUUGGACGACGCGGACGUGCCUCAGGCAACGAAAAAAGCCGUGACCUGGAUAAAGGACAAGAUUUUGCAUGGUUAUUACAUGCCCGGUAUGGAAGACAGACUUCUUGUCGAAAGGUUACUGAACAUUUGCUUAGUGCCUUACACCCUGCCACCUGAAGAAAGAAUGAAAAAGCUUUACCAUUUACUCGGAACAAUCGACGAUCACGCCUCCAAAGCCUUCGUCGAACUUCAAAAACAUCAACUGGCUGUGAGAAGAUCGGUUGUAGAAUGGAUAGAAAUAAUAAAAAAGACAGACGCCUCGACGGAAUUAACGAACAAGAUUCUGCAAAUUUCUCGGUUUCUUCCGGAUCCGAUGAAAGUUCAAGAGUUCCUUCAGAAAUUCAGCGCUCAUAUGAAAAAGGACCCAGCUCUACUCCAAGGUUUGGAAACGAUAGUCCAACCGAACGUUUCCUGCAAGGAGUGCGCUGAAACGACUAGUGCAGUUUUGAAAAAGUUGGGUCAGCCCGUCAUGACAAAUUUGUACUAUAAUACGAUUAAAAUGCUUUUGGAGAGGGUCAGCUCUGUUAUGAUUGACGAGGAAGCAAUUAGGGUUUUAAUUCAAUACGUCCUGGACUGCUUGAAAGGCGGAAACGUGAUAGAAGAAGUUGGCCUUAAUCCGAAUAACGCGGGAGAAAAAGGCCUCAGGUUACUCGUGAUGCUCUCCUUCGCGUUUGGUCCACAUUUCAUGCACAACGACAUCCUGAUGCAACUGGUUCAGUUCCUGGACCUCGAGGACGAGAUGGUCGCGCCCCUAGUGCUUUCGAUAUUCACUUUCCUCGGCAAGUACCGACCCCUCUGCGACGUCUCGCCCGAAAUUAUGAAUCUGAUGGCGCCAAUCUGCAAGAAUUUUGCCGAGACCGGCACUCCAAAGCAAGCGAAACAAGCCAUCAGAUGUUUAUUUGUCAACAUGCCCAAUAUUCAUGACACCAUCUUCCCGGAAAUCAUCGAGAGAAUCAAGAAUACCCUCACACCUUCCUCCGAGUAUUAUCGAACCUCGAUCGUCACUCUCGGCCACAUUGCCUACAAUCUGCCAGAAAAAUAUCAGGGGCAAAUCAAGAGCUUGGUUUCCAGAAAGAUUGUGAAGGAGUUGCUCGUAAAAGACGUGAGCGAGCCAACUGUUGAUUCGAUAGAAGGCGAGUGGUGUCGUGAAGAUCAACUUCCGGAGGAAACUCGUUGCCGAUUGGAGGGACUCAAGUGUAUGGCUCGCUGGCUCUUGGGUUUGAAAACUGACGUUCUUUCCGCCCAAAAGACUUUCAGAAUGCUGAAUGCAUUUGUCGUGAAUAAGGGUGACCUUUUGCAGCAAGGACGGCUCAGUAAAGCGGAAAUGAGCUGGCUGCGUCUUCAGGCUGGAUGCUCGAUGCUCAAAAUCUGCGAGCAGAAGGGCGUUGGCGAUCAGUUCACGGCUGAACAGUUUUACAAUCUAUCACAGCUCAUGGUUGACGAGGUUUCCCAAGUGAGGGAAGCUUUUGGAAAUAAAUUACACAAAGGCCUCGGCAGAGGAAUUCCAAACAAAUGUCUGCCACUAGAUUUUAUGGGAUACUAUGCUCUUGCGGGCAAAGAACAAGACAAGAAAUUGAAAUGCGUUCUGAAAUCCUACAUGCACACAGACAUUACCAAACGAAGAGAUUACGUGAAGACACUCUCCCUGGGAACUGUCGAGCGAGCAAUGGGGGAAUGUUUCUUUUCCUUGUUGUCAGGUCAACUGCCACAUAUACUGCCAGACUACAUGUUAGUAUUUGCAGUCCCGAUACUAGCACACGAUCCCGAAUUUACGAAUCACUCGGACGUUUCCCAAUUGAAAAUUAUCCAGCAGUGUCUCUGGUUUAUUCUUGAGCCCCUCAUCACGAAAAAUGAAUAUUACUGCUACGGAUUCUACAAGAAUUUGGUGGAAAGAAUGAAAAGCCACAAAGACGCUUGCAGGUCGGACGAUGAUAUCGUGAACGUCAAACUCUGGACUGUCUGCGAUCUUGCGAUGAACGUCAUCUAUUCAAAGACGACGAAUUUUGACUUGAAGGAAUUUCCAAGCGAAUUGAGAAUUCCCACGAUGUAUUUCAAACGCGCUGAUGAGCUUCUGGCCAACACGAAAAAUUAUCUUCCCGCUGAAAUGCAGAUAAACAUGUCCAGUCCAAAGGGAAAAGGAUUGCACUCUCAUGCGUUUAAUGAAAGGACCCAGCGGAAGAAGAAGGGCCACAAGGAAGUUGGAAUUGGGCCAAAUGAAACUGACGCGAGGCCUGCCGAAGCCUCAGAAACUAGGAUUCAACUACCGGGUUUGGAAGAAGAGCUGGAAGAGCCACCUUCGAAGAGGGCAUUAAGGGACACGGAUAAGAUAAAUAAAUAAUUUCCUGUGAACUGCAUUAAGAGGGUAAAGAGAGAAGGGUUCUGGGAAAAGGGAGAGAUAGUGCGACGAAACGAGAGAACGUCUCGCUAUCUAGAAAAACACUUUACAAAUUAGGACACAGAAUAUUUUGGUUAUGUACAACAAUUAAUAUACCUAAGUCGAUCGCGUAUUUUUAGAUAAGUCGUUAACGUUAUGACACACUGCCUGAACUUUGACACGCAUCGGCUUUUGUUCUUUAUUAAUUUCCACUCAUUUUCUUCUCUUUUCUUUUUUUUUUUUUCGUUUCAUUGCUUUUUUGUGGUUUUUUUUUGUUAGUAACAGAACCUUCGCUAUGAUUCCUGCAUGUUUUUUUUUCGUCACUCUUUGAGAAAAAUUCUCUUUUUGAUACAGAAAGGAGAUAUUUGUAUCUUCGGCGAGUGUCUCAUAGCGUGAACUUUUUAGGAUAGAUUUUACUUACGACCGAUGUUAUUACAUUAGUUAAUUAAUUGAUUAAUUUUUCGCCUAAAUUGAAUUUCGGGUUGCUCUGGCUGAAAUCAAUUGGCUGAAGAAAUUGAUCGUCUAUCCCAAUUUCAUUAAUUUUCAUCGGAAUAGGCUGUUCUCUUGUGAAAUUUAAUUUCAUAGCUGGGGGCAGUAUUUUGCGGAAAUUGUAAUUAUUGAAUGAAGUAUUUAAAUUGAAAAUGUUAUUUUUGAAAUUGCGAGUCAAUUUGGGAGGAUAAUUUUUUGAUUUUUUAAAAUUAUUUUUCUGGAUUAAUAAUAUAUAGUGGACGGCAUUAUAGCUGAGAGCUACGCAGCAAUUUUCUACGCAACUUAGGUCUGCACGACUGCGCAAUAGAACUGCGCGAUUGCGAAUUAGAUCUGCGCAAUUGGCUUUUAUGGUAUAAAUAGUUAUAGUGAAUAAGUUUCAUUAUUUAAAAAAAAAUCUGUUCAUCGUUUAAUCGUAUUUUUUUGUUCUCCAUUUAAAAAAAGGUCAACAUUGUAUAUUUUAAAUAAAUAUAGAGCACUGCCCGUAAAUUUUAAUUUCGUCCUCUAUUACUACACAAUUCGCUAUAUAUUAUUAAUUGAGAAAUUCACAAUUUGUGAUUCACUUACAGCUUUUUGAGGGGUUAACCAUCACUGAAUUCAAGUUUAGAACUGUUUCUGAAUUCUUAAAUUCGCUGCAAUUCUAAUGAAUUCCAUUAAAUUCAUCGAAAUAAUUUUUAAUUCAAUGUGAAUCCUUUUGAAUUUACCAGGAUUGUAGAUCAAUUUUGGUAAACUUGAACGAAUUUUAAAUUAUUUUUCUCAAUUAGCAGAGAAUCAAUUAAAUGUCGGCACAGUAUUUUGAAUUUAUGUGAAUGCACUUGAAUUUUUUUAAUUUGUUUCUUUGGAAUCUUUUUAAAUUCACUUGAAUUAUUCGUAAUCUCUACAAAUUCACUUGAAUUCUUUGAAACCUUGUCUGAAUUCUCUACAUUCUUCCAAAUUCUCUGAAUUUU